AUGGUUGAGCUGCGCUCCCUCGCCGGCAAGAAGAAGACAGGGGUGGAGAUUAGCCGGAUGGAUAGCACGACUCGGGUGGCGUCGGUUGAAUUGCAUUCCCACGCAGCCGUGAGGAAGACUAGGGUGGAGCUUAGCUCUGCCAUCGUUGGAAGCGGGCCCAAGAACAAUAUUGUGUAUCUGGAAGUCUUUGCCACUACCGUUUGUUGCUCUCUGGAGAUAAUAGAGCCUCAUGUCGACAUCCACGGUGGUCGACAAUUCAGUGUGAGAGGUCCGGAGCUUUUGGGGAAACAAACAACCAUCAUCAAUGACGCCAACAACAGCACUACUACUACACCUCCUCAUGUUGUUCUAGUUCCACUAUUUGCACAAGGACACAUAAUCCCCAUGCUUGACAUGGCACGGCUAUUGGCCCAGCGUGGCGUGCUCGUCACCUUCAUCACAACACCAGUGAACGCGUCGCGCAUCAAACCCAUCAUAGCCCGCGUGCACGAGUCCAAACUCCCUAUAAACUUCAUCGAGAUCCCUUUCCCCUGCGCCGAAGCUGGCAUCCCCAUCCCCCUCGGCUGUGAAAACUUUGACCUCCUCCCUUCCCCAGAACUCUUCCUGAACUUCUUCGACGCUAUCCGACUCCUCUCCCAUCCGCUCGAGCAACGCCUCAGAGAUCUCGUCCCCCUGCCGACCUGCAUGAUCAAUGACAUGUGGAACCUGUGGACAGCAAACGUUGCACGUUCACUCAGCAUUCGCCGGCUUGUCUUUCAUGGCCCCUUCUUAUAUUACCGUGCCCUGGUUUUGACUGAUGAUCAUGAUGAUGAUGUUGGUCAGAGUUUUAAGGUUUCUAAAGCGCAUUCGUCCGGUUGGUCAAACAUGCCUGGUUUUGAGAAGAUACGGGAUGAGGUUUUGCAUGCAGCGGAGACUGUUGAUGGGGUGGUUAUGAACACUUUAGAUGAUGUUGAGCUUAUGUUUGUGGAGGCUUAUAAGAAGGUGGUUGGAAAGGAUGUUUGGACUGUUGGCCCAUUGUGUUUAUAUGAUAAGGAUGAUGAUUUUAGUGCUAGGAUUGUGAGAGGGAACAAGACUGCAGUGGAUCAAGAGAAGUUGUUUGGUUGGCUUGAUUCUAUGGAGGAAAACUCGGUGCUUUAUGUCAGUUUUGGCACUUUGACACAGAUGAAAGUGGGAGAGACAUUGGAGAUUGGAUCAGGACUUGAGGCUUCUGGGGUUCCUUUCAUUUGGGUUAUUAAGGAUGUGGAGAAGUCCCCGGCGGUUGAGGAGUGGUUGGAAGGGUUUGAGAAGAGGAUGAGUUUGAGGAGUAUUGUGAUCAAGGGAUGGGCCCCACAAGCUGCAAUACUCUCACAUAAGUCCGUUGGUGGUUUUGUUAGUCAUUGUGGGUGGAACUCAACGUUGGAGGCAAUAUCAAAUGGUGUGCCAAUGAUCACUUGGCCGCAGAUUGCAGACCAAUUCUUGAAUGAGAGGUUGGUUGUGAAGUUCCUGAGGAUGGGUAUUGCUAUUGGAGUGAAGAAGCCUAUGUUUUAUUUUGGUGAGGAUGAGAUUUCUGUUAGUAGCUCUGAUGUAGAGAGGGCUGUGAGGGGGUUGAUGGGUGAUGGACAGGAGGCUCAGGAGAGGAGGAUAAGGGCUACAGAGAUUAAGGGGAAGGCCAUUAAGGCUAUGGAAGAAGGUGGCUCUUCUUAUGAGAAUAUAACUAUGCUCGUUGAGUACAUCAAGCAUGCAUGAACCUUGCAAGACUUCAUAAGGAGCUAAAUCUUAAUGAAUUUGUAAUUCUAAUUUUUCUUCUUUUUUUUCAAAUAAAUGUGGGUGUAACUCUCAGUCAUUGUUAAGAGAGGGGUGAACUCCGAAUCUCUUAUUUAGAAAAGAAAUAAACUAUCAUUGUGUUUC